AUGUUGUCAUUAACUGAUUUACCAAUAGAUAUACUCCGUUUAAUACUUGAUCUGUCGGAGAACAGCCAUUCCUUAUCACAAACUAGCAAAUUAUUCAACUAUUUGGUUAAUGAAAGAUUAUACAAGAACAUAGUAAUUUUUGACAAUGAUAAUGAGGCUAUUGUGAAACAGCGUCUGCUCCAAAGACAAACUUUUAUUCAUAUUGAUAAAUUAGAUUCAUUCAUGAACUCCUUAUCUAUUCGAAAUUUCCGCCACAUUAGAACUUUCCACAUACAUUGCAAAUCAAAUUUUAAUCUGUUCAAUUAUGAUUUAAUCUACGCCAAAUUCAAUACAUACUGGAAAUAUUUAGACCAUCCAAUCGAGUUUAUUAACUUUGACAUUGAAAACAUCAGACAAAGACAAUCAAUUAACCAAUAUUUGGCAAACAAGAACUUUGCCCGUAUAAUGCAAGAAAAUGAUGAGAUUGACAUCGAUACACAAGAUGAUGAUAAUUGCAUUCUUAAUAAUUUACAAAAUUUGACUAUAUUUAAUGAACAUGAUGUGAUCCAUAGAAGAGUUGAGAAUUUGAAUUUGUUCUUUGAAAAUAAAUUUAGCAAAACUAUAAAUACUGAAUUAGAAAACUUGAGAGUGCUACAAUUGAAUACUACCACAUCAACAAAGUUUUUCAUCGAAUCAUCAAUUAAAUGUGAUAACUUACAAAAACUCGGUAUCACAUACUCGCAUAGUUUCAGAGAAAAUAAAUUGAAGUUGAGUCAAUUGUCAAAUAUCAACUUUAAUAAAUUGCAUGACUUAGAAUUAAGGUUAAAUUGUUAUCACCCAGACUGUGAUUGCAUCAGUGACUUUUACCAAGAAUUGUCUCAAAUUAAUGAUUUUAAUGAACUUCGAAGAUUAUCAAUUAUCAAUCGUAACUCAAAGUGUCUGUCUAAAUACGAUAAUAUCAUCAAUAACCAAUUAACAAAAGUGCUCCAGAAAUUUUCCAAAUUGAACUACUUGUACAUCAACUUGAAUGAAUUUUCCAACAACUCCACCCUGUUAAAUUUGAGACGCUUUUUCAACGCGUUUAAGGAUUCAAGAUUGGAAUGUUUGGAAAUCUAUGAUUUCUUCAAUUAUUGGUUCCCUUCAAUGGCUCUGUACGACAAUUUACUAAACGAUUGUAAAUGUCAUGAAUGUUGCAAAUCCAGAAAGAUCUUCAAUGCAAUGGCAGAGUAUGAUGCUGCUAAUAAUUAUGUCCACAAUUUUAAGGAUUUUUCUACUGAUGAUGACGUUGAUAGUAAUACAGAAACCACCACUGUUUGGUUAAAUAAGAAUUGUAAUGCAAAGCUUUUGUCUUAUAUUAUCAAUCAAUUGCAAACAAAACAAUUUAACCAACCAAUAAUCUACUCAAUGAACGUCAAGUAUUUCAGAAAACAAGAGAAUUUAUUCAACAGGUUCCAGGAAUUGUUUAAACACAGUUGUUUAAAUUAUUUAACAGAAGAAAUCAAAAGAAUCAACCCUAAUUUCAAAUCCAUAAAUUUUGGAGGUGUUGAAAUGGUAAUUGAGUAG